GAGGAGGCGGCUGUGGCAAUGGCGAUGGCGUCGCUGCGCGUCGGGGCGGCGGCCCUGUCGGGGCUGGCCGUGGCCGCCUUGGGGCGCGGCUGGCGGGCCCACAUGGCGCCCGAGCCGGAGCCGGAGCCGGAGCCGGAGCUGUCCCGCCGCUGCGGCGGCUUCAUGGCCCCGCCGGUGACCCCCCUGAGGGAGCUGCAGGCCGCGCCGCGGGCCCUGAAGACCCGGAUGGAGCUGCUGCUGAUGGACACCCAGGCCCAGGUGUGCCGGGCCCUCGGCCGGCUCGACCGGGGCGCCGCCUUCUCCGUCGACCGCUGGGACAGGAAGGAAGGAGGUGGAGGCGUCAGCUGUGUACUUCAGGAUGGCAAUAUCUUUGAAAAGGCUGGAGUCAGUGUUUCUGUAGUUCAUGGGAAUCUUUCUGAGGAAGCAGCAAAACAAAUGAGGAGCAGAGGAAAGUCCCUGAAGACCAAAAAUGGUAAACUGCCCUUUUGUGCCAUGGGGGUAAGCUCUGUUAUCCACCCGAAGAAUCCUCAUACUCCUACGAUCCAUUUCAACUACCGUUACUUUGAAGUGGAAGAAGCAGAUGGCAACAAGCUGUGGUGGUUUGGUGGUGGCUGUGACCUCACUCCAACUUACUUGAACAAAGAGGAUGCAGUCCACUUCCAUAAAACUCUGAAGGAAGCUUGCGACCGCCAUGAUCCCAAACUGUACCCCAAGUUUAAAAAAUGGUGUGACGACUACUUCUUUAUAACCCACCGAGGAGAGCGGCGGGGUAUCGGAGGCAUAUUCUUCGAUGAUCUGGACUCGCCAUCGAAGGAAGAUGUGUUUCAGUUUGUGCAGAGCUGCGCCCAGGCUGUGGUGCCUUCUUAUAUCCCCCUCGUAAAGAAACACUGUAAUGACUCGUUCACAGCACAGGAGAAGCAGUGGCAGCAGCUUCGGAGAGGGAGGUACGUGGAGUUUAAUCUGUUGUACGACAGAGGUACAAAGUUUGGUCUCUUCACUCCAGGAUCCAGAAUUGAAAGCAUUCUUAUGUCUUUGCCCUUGACUGCCAGAUGGGAAUACAUGCACGCGCCCCCUGAGAAUUCCAAAGAAGCAGAAAUCUUGGAAGUUCUGCGUAAUCCCAAGGACUGGGUCCACUAACCAACAAAGCAGGCAUCGCUUGGUCGAUGGAUUCCCAAAAUGUGUGAAUUUUCUCACAUGGGCCCUCUGAAAUUGCCAUUGUGUGGCAGGUUUUUUAAUGUAGGAAUUAACUGUGCUGAAAAAUCUACAGGAUAAGCAGCUCCAUUGUAAAGCGGGGGGAAAAAGAAUAUGCGGGUCUAUGUGACAUUCAUAGUCGGUCACCUUCUACCUGCCAAAGGCAGGAUUGCUCUGGUCAGAUAACACAUCUUCUUAUGUUUCUAGCUGCUAUAAUUUAAGGAAUCAUUUUGAGAUUGUAAAUUUGUUUCUUGUGAUUUCACGACUAAAUAUGAAGCUGAUGCAAAACUUGUGAUGCUCACAUAUCAUGGGGAAUCCAGGAACUGCACUGAGAAAAGCUGACUCAGGAAACACAAAAUUGACUUUGUCUUGGAUUUUUUUGUUGUAUGCUUUUUCAACAAAUUUUGGAUUAACUGUCAUAGGAAUAAAUCUCUGGUUUGUAAUCUCAUUCCUUUGACAAAAUAAUACCGCCUAAUUAAUGGUAAUGCAACAGCCCGCAAAGUGGCUGAAAAUUUUGCAUUUGUCAGCUUGAAGGUCCUUGAUGAUGUAGGAAAUAAUAAUUUUGCAUGUUUAGAAUAAUUAAGCUUGUUGUGGAGGGGGAAUGUGUCUGUUUAUUGUUGUACUCUCCCAAGCGCUUAGUACAGUGCUUCGCACACAGUAAACUCUCGGGAAAUACAAUUGAAUGAUUAAUUAAUGAAGGUUAGCUAUGAACAGUCAUAUAUGAAAAGCACAUCUUGUUCCUGAUGUUGAAGAUACUUACACUGGAGGAGAAAAACACUUUUGAUUUGGGAAUCUGACCCUUUAGGGAAAACACAAGUGGAAAAUUUGGACCUGACGAUGUUUUUCAAAAUAUAAAUUGUUGUUGUAAA